AGGCAGUUUGGAAGGGAAGAGAGAGCAGAAGAGCUACAAAGCGGUUUUGGAAAGCCCCAUGCUGAGGUUCUCCGGGUUGUAUCAAGAAACGUGUUCUGACCUCUAUGUCACCUGCCAGGUGUUUGCAGAAGGAAAGCCCCUUGCUCUCCCUGUCCGGACAUCCUACAAAGCUUUCAGCACCAGGUGGAAGGAUGUUCCGUCAAGGGAUGCACGAUCUCAAAGUGUGGCCCAACGUGGAGGCAGAUGGUUCCGAGCCCACCAAGACCCCUGGGAAAACAAGCAGUACAUUUUCAGAAGACAAGAUGAGUCGGUUAGCCAAG